AUGAGCGAGAGGAUUGUGGUACUCAGCGGAGGAACAGCUACCAAUGAACUUGUUUCUGUUUUCAAAGAAGUAUCCUCUCAUGUCACAUACGUCUUACCCAUUCUGGAUAACGGUGGAUCGACAUCAGAAAUCAUACGUGUCAUUGGUGGACCUGCCAUAGGUGACAUACGUUCCAGAUUGACAAGACUAAUCCCAGAUCUGAAAGUAAAGCUUCGCGAUCUCCUUAGCUUUCGACUAGAUUCCGACCCUUCUCGGGCAAGGUCACAAUGGAAUGAAAUUGUUGAAGGAACUCACCCUUUGUGGAACGGUAUUAAUUUGUCGACGAAAGAAAUAUUUCGAGCUUUCAUGGUUCACGUUCACGUUGAAUUAUUGAAGAGAUCAAAGAUAACUUCAAACUCUACCAACAAUAGGCAAUUUCGCUACGAACUUGCGAAUGUGGGUAAUCUCUUUUUGACGGGUGUUCGAUUGUUUAUUGGUUCCUUAGAUUCUGCCAUAGAGUUGUUCAUGAAAUUGACGGACAUCGAUCCACACAUUGAAGUCUUACCAUGUAUUAACACAAAUUUCAGCUACCAUAUUGGGGCUAUGCUUUCAAAUGGUUAUCUUAUCACCGGACAGUCUCAGAUAUCACAUCCAUCUACUGUGAAUGAGGUUUAUCCCCCUCCAAUACAUCACACGCGACCACCUACACCAACUCACGAAAUUCAAUUGAAAUUGAAUUAUGAGGACAAAAAAGAAGACAACAGGGAUUCGUCAUCUGACGAAGAGCUGGGAAACAUACCACAGUACACUCACCCUGAAUUGAAGAAAUCUCAACUUCAUUUCAACAAGACAGAAAACAUUGAACCACUCCUUUCUCCAAUAAAAAGAGUUUUCUAUAUAUCUCCCUAUGGGCAGGAAAUUUGUCCUACAGCGCAAAGCAAAGUCACAUCAACUAUGGCCAAUGCUAAAGUAAUUAUUUUCUCCAUUGGCUCCUUGAUGACGAGUGUGAUACCUAUCGUAAUCCUCAAGGGUGUCGGUAAAGCAAUCGCUCAGCAACUGAAUGUUCAAAGAAAAAAGAUAUUGUUACUUAAUGGAUGUGAAGAUCGUGAAACAUAUGGCAUGGAAGCCGUUGAUUAUGUCCGAAUUAUCGUUGAACUGGCUAAUUACUCUCUUACUAAAUCCAAUCUGGAUCAAAUUGAGAAUUGGGACAGAUUCGUCACUCAUUUAUUCUAUAUUCAGCAGCCUAAUAUUCCUGUCGACACAGGUUUCCUCAAACAAAAAAAUAUUACUUGUGUUGAAAUCCAGAGAGAUAAAAACUUCCAAAAUUGUUAUGACAAAUAUGACCUUCAAAGAAACUUGCUCCAAGUUUCCAGAAGUGAUUAA